AUGCUGGAAUAUUGUGUUUCCAAGUUAAGAAUAUUUACAUCGUCUUUAGAGGAUCAGGAUUUGACCAGUAAAAAGGGUAAAAACCAUAGUCGACGGCAACGCCAACUUACAGUAUAUGCAAGAGGACCAAUAUCAACAGCCAUUAACUAG